AUGUCAUCGUCAUCGGAUGCAAACAUCAUCGCCCUGUUGAAUAAUACUUCGAUUCAACUCAAUCGUUAUUUGGCAAUUUCUAUUUUUCUUUUCGGAAUUAUUGGUCAUACUCUAAAUAUACUUGUUCUUUCACAACGUCCUCUCCGUUCAAAUCCUUGUUCAUGUCUAUUUCUUGUGUCAUCAAUUUCUUAUUUAAUAAGUAUUAUGUCUGGUCUUAUUCCUCGAUUUUUAUCUACUUGGAAUGCAGAUAUGACAAAUAUAAAUCAAUUUCUUUGCAAAAUUCGUGUAUUUAUCUUUUUCAAUUCAUUAACUAUUGCUUUUUGGCUUAUCAUGUUGGCUACAAUCGAUCGAUGGCUUUGUUCAAGCAUCAAUGUUCAUCGUCGACAAAGAAGUACAUUGAAGAAUGCACAACGUGGUAUAAUUUGCAUUAUAAUUCUUUCAACUAUUAUUCAAACACAACAGAUCUUUUGUUAUGAAGCCAAUCUUAUCAAUACUCCAAUUAAAUGUUAUACGAAAACAGUAACAUGUGGUAUUCUAACAGACACAUCCUUCGCUUUGAUUACUGUUUUGAUUCCAUUGUUAUUUAUGUUCAUAUUUGGACUAAUGACCAUCUCGAAUGUACGUCAAACACAAGCUCGUUUGCGACCAAUGGUUAUGACAAGUGAUAAUAAUCAGGGUCAGAAUACAAGAAUAGUCGUCAUUGGACGUCAAAACCAACAAAAGAAAGCAGAUCGUCAGUUGCUAAAGAUGCUUUUCGUUCAAGUUCUUGUCAUUCUUAUAUUCACUGUUCCACUUGCUUUAUCAAAAUUGUAUACAACAUUUACAAGAGACAUGUACAAAUCAGCAAUACGAAAUACUAUCGAAAACUUCAUCUUUAAUCUAUUUCUUCUUCUUUCAAACGUUGCUUCUGGAAUGCCAUUCUAUAUUUAUACAUUGACUGGAGGAAGUGUAUUUCGAAAAGCUUUAUUCAAUCUUGUUAAAUAUCAUUACGUCAGAAAAUGA